AUGUCUCGUGCCCUCGAGCUCAAGGAUCAGGGCAAUCGCCUUUUCCAAAGUAAAAACUACAACGCCGCCGAGAGCGUCUACUCACAAGCCAUCAUGGAGGACCCCAAAAACGCCUUCCUCUACACCAAUCGCGCCAUGGCCCGCCUCAAGCUCGACUACUGGGACACGGCCGUCGCCGACUGCCAGUCUGUGCUGGCCAUGGCCUCGGCCACGCCCGACGCCACCAUGAAGGCCAACUACUACCUGUGUCAGGCACAGCUCGCCCUCGGCGAGCCCGAAGCCGCGCUGACCGCCGGCCUCGCCGCGCACGCCGCCUACGCCGCCGUCAACCACAAGUCCCUCGCCGCCGUCACCACGGCGGUCCUCCGGGCGAAGAAGCUGCAGUGGGAGAAGCGGGAGAGGAAGCGUGUGCGGCAGGAGCAGGAUUUGGAGCGGGACGUGCUGCGGCUGCUGCGAGCGGAGCGCGAGGCCGACGUCGCCGCGGCGGUGGACGUUGGGGACGAGCUGGAGCGGCAGGCGGUGGAGGAAGAGGCCCAGGCCAAGGAGGAGCGCUUGACGGCGGUGUUUGAAAAGUCGAGGCAGCUAGGGGGGCAGGGGUUGCGCGAAGUCCCAGAUUGGGCGAUUGAUGAUAUCUCGUUUGGCUUCAUGGUGGAUCCGGUCAUGACGAAAACGGGCAAAUCGUACGAGCGGGCAUCCAUCAUGGAGCAUCUCCGACGAUACCCCUACGAUCCGCUGACCAGAGAACCUCUCGUCGCAUCCGAGCUGCGUCCAAAUAUCGCUUUGCGGCAGGCCUGCGAGGCGUUUCUCCACGAGAAUGGCUGGGCUGCCGACUGGUAG